UGAUAUUAUCCUUGAAUAUUAUAACAUUCUUUCCUGAAAGUUCAACGUCAUCAAGUUCAGAGUUAUUUACGGAACCACAAACGAACAAUUCAACAUUACAUGCAAUAGACUCGAAGUCACAGGCGGCAAAUUCUUUGCCCGAACCUACUAAACCAUUGCCUAUCCUCCCACUUUCUUUUAAUUCGUCGUCGAUAAAUGUAGAAUCACUAUCCCUGUUAUCUCCCCCAUAUACAUUUCUUCAAUCCAUCAACACCUCCAAAAAUCUAAUAUUUAUUGGUGAUGUCCACGGUGCACUUCCUGAACUCAAAUCACUAUUAACGACUAUCAAGUAUAAUCCUGCCAAUGACCAUUUAAUCUUCUUAGGAGAUUUAGUAGCUAAAGGUCCGAGUUCAUUAGAAGUUUUAGAAUACGUAAGGAAAUUAAGUGAGAAUGGAAACAUUGAUUGUGUCCGCGGAAACCAUGAUGACAAAUUGUUAAGAUGGAAAUUUUUCUUGGAGGCACUUAGUACUACGGGAAUUCAUUUGAAUGAUUACGUGAACAAGUACGAAUUACCCAAGCAUCUUAGGUUAGAGAAUGAGCAUAUGAGAUUGGCAAGUGUUAUGGAUAAAGAAUCAUAUGAGUUUUUGUUGUCGUGUCCAAUGGUUAUCGAAUUUCCUGAUGAAAAUUUAUACGCAGUUCAUGCUGGUCUCUUACCUAACAUAUUGCCCAACGAACAAGACCCAAUGGAUAUAAUGAACAUGAGAAAUAUAAAACCCGACGGUCAUCCAACCAAAAGUAAAAAACAGGGCAAGCCAUGGUCCAAAUUUUGGAAUUUCUUUCAAAUAUUCGUUCGGAUUAGACUCGAAAUGUGUUGA